AUGGCAAAAUUUGUGCUUGCUGGUAGAGCAGACUGUCCUUAUUAUGCCAAAGCGGAACUUUUAGCAGACGCUUUGCAGCGAUCUCUGCCUAACUUCAAGGUUCACAAGAUCCCUAUACUGCCAGGUGAAUGGAAGGAAUGGCUUAGGGCCACAUGCAACAGAAAUAAUUGGAAACAUGAUGACUCUCCGUUGGUUUGGAGGGACUUGGUAGAACAAGGAGGAAAGGCAAUGAUCUUAGGGGGUCUCAGGGACUUUUUGGAGCACUGCCAGGACUACUAUGGCGUCACAUCAGACAUGUCCAUGGACAUGAUGCUCAGAAUUGCAGCAGAGAAUCUGGAGACCCAAAUUAGCCUUGAUAUGGAAGAGAAGCAUAGGCGGAGUCUUAUUAAACCCCUCCACAUCUGGAUCACUGGUGCUCUGAGCCCAGCUUCCCAUGUGUUGAUUCCCCGUGUGCUGUCCACGGAGGUGUUCCCAAACACCGAGGCUGUCAGCCUCCACCUUUUGGACCUGGACGGGGAUGGGGGGGAAUUGCAGGAGUUGAGACAGGAGACAGAAGACUUGGCACUCUCAAUGCUCCAUGAGGUGACCAUCCACACAGAUCAGGAACAAGCUUUCCAAGAGGCAGAUGUUAUCUUGUUUUUGGAUGAGGUCAACACCAACGAAGAGAACACCAGUGAUGAGGAAAAGAUGGAAAGACUGAGACUCAUCUCGGAGCGCUACAGAGCCUACGGGCGUCUGAUCGACACUGGAGCCAGCAGACAGGUGAAGGUGAUCGUCUCUGGUGACCCCUUUGUCAACCUCAGGUGUGCGCUUCUUGCAGAAACUGCUCGCUCUAUUGAGAGCCGCCAGUUUGUUGCCUCGGCCACACAGCUGGAGAAUGAAGCCAGAGCUCUGAUCGCAAAGCAGAUGAACGUCAGGUCCUCAGAUGUCACAGACGUCAUCAUUUGGGGGAACAUCAGCGGCGGUUUCUACAUCGAUCUGCAAAGGGCAAAGAUUUUUAACUACGAUGGGGCAAUCAAAGGGCCAGCUUUCUUCUCUCACGCAGUGCUCGAGGUUUUUCACGACAGGACGUGGUUGGAAACGGACUUUCAACACCUGGUGCGUCAUCACUGCAAAGCCGUGGCCUCAAAGACCGGCCGAGCAGCUGCUGCAUCAUCCGCCAACGGAGUCCUCAGGGUCCUGGAGGCGUGGAACGGCCCCUCCCUUCCGGACCAGCUCCUGUCUGUCGGUGUGCUUUGCCCAGGCUUUUACGACCUCCCAGAUGGCAUCGUCUUCUCCGUUCCGGUUACAUUUACAGAGGGAAAAUGGUCCCCGCUGAUGGAGGUGAACGUUGGGGAGCAGCUGAGGGGGCGACUUCAGCUUUGUGCAGAGGAGCUGCUGCAGGUUGGUGACAAUGCUAAACUCCAUAUUGAAAAAGAACUCGGAUCAGAAAGCUGCCGGGCUGCCAUGAACAAAGACAUCUGA